CGUGAGGACACAGAGCAUUGCGCGCCGCGACGCCGGCAGGGUGCUCAACGCUCUGGAGGCCAAGAUACGUUAAGGUAACGAUAGACGUGAUGGAGGCGGCGGAGGUGUCUUUUAUGAGGGUCGUCUGAGAGGCCUCAGGACACCUCUGGUGGGGAUGGAGCGUGAGCGUGAUCGCGAUCACGAACGUGACCGCGAGCGUGGUCGCACCUCCCGUGCGUCCUCUACCUCAAGCCUCGGACGUGAGGUCCGUUGUGGUUGUCAGUACUACCGGAGUGACUCGCUUCUACCAGAGCGGAGGGCACUCGUGGGACGACCGUCUUCGAGGACCGCGAUGCAGACUCCACCGCCUGUCCAGGCGGGACGCUGCGAGCACGAGUAUGAACCCAUCGCGAGCCCUUCGCCGACGGUGACGACGACCGUCGCAGCUCCAGUGGUACGAAUAACCGACACAGACGUGGUGCGUGUCGCGGACAGCGACGAAAGCAUCGACGCACGAGAUUUACGCUUUCCGCCUAAGCUCGCCCUCGACGGAGACGUCGUCCUGCCGCUAGAUGGGCAAAUCGAGGAUAACGCGAUGGAGGGUCGAGAGUUGGGUGAGACUGUCGACACCUCCGAGGACCAGGAAACUGCACAGCAGCUUCAGGAUCGCCUGGAGGAACGAUUCCUGAACGCGGCUACCCCAUGCACCGAGUCCAGAACCGACGGCGAGGUCAAUACCAGUCAGGUAGACUCUUCGGCGCUGGAGGAGCUACCGCUCCAGAGAGGAGCCCGGGGUUUGCCGCAGCGUCUACGAACGCAGGCCGGGAAGCUGCGCUCCCGUCUCAAGGGAAUACACAGACCCCGCUUUGCGCUUCCCGAACGACAGAGAACGGAGAAGACGAUAAAAACGGAGAAGACGAUAAAAACGGAGAAGACGAAAACGACCAAGAUGGAAAAGCCGAAGGUAGAGAAAAGAUCGAAGAUGGAGAGGUUCCGUUCCUCACUGCCGGACAGGCCAAGAUUUUCACUUCCUGAUCGACCCAAGUUCAAUCUUCCGGAUCGUCCAAAGUUCAAUUUACCGGAACGCCCCAAGUUUCAUAUGCCUGAGAGGCCACGGUUUAAUAUUAAGAAGCCUAAUAUUCAACUUCCUGGCCUGAAUCGCGCGUCCAGGUCACUUCGCGAACGACAACCUUCUGCCGAGUCGACUUCCGCUACCAAGAGGAAUAUAUUCGACUUUUCUACCUAUCCACGUAUAUUUGAUAAGAAAUCAAAGAGUCGUGGGGAGUACGCCACAUCCUCGCCUAAGGAUUCCCGUGCACAGUCGACGGAGAGUUCCACGUUUCCUCGUGCCAAGAAGGUCUCUAUGAGUGCCAAAUGGGCUCAGCGGAUAGCAGAUCUUAAGUUUGCUGAUGAUGAACCGGAAGCUGCUGCUCAGAGGUCUAAGCCUUGGAGGCACCCUUCCUUGGAGGAGCCUAGGCUUGCUUUAGGAAGGGACGAAUCUUCUGUGGAGGAGCCUGAGAGACUUCCUUGGGAAGAGUCUGGGGAACAUUCUGCAGGACGCCUUGAAGAUGAAGAUAUCAGAUACGAGGAGGAUUCGGCAGAGGCAAGACAUCCGAACUUACCUGGAAUCGAGGAAGGUUACACAGUGCGUGCAUCUGGUUUACGUGAUCGUCCAAUAGCGGAUGAAGAUUCUUUUGAGAGACCACCAGGUAAUAUCGAUCCGAGGCUGUAUGGAGAUCAAGGUGUGAGACUUGCCUAUGAAGAUGAGCAUGAGGAUAACUUAGAUAUGCAUGAAGAACUUAGUAUUGAGGAGCAUCAUCCACGUGUUGAAUCAUUUGACAAACAUGAUUCUGUAGAUGGUAUGCAUAAGAAACCUUAUGGUGAAGUAUUUCAACCUAUAGAUCCCAGGUCGUAUGAUCAACGUGUGCCCAGUGAGGAAGAGGAGGAACCGGUACCCGAGGAGUCCAUUCAUUCUGAUAAGGAACAGCAGUCCAGUGGAAGUUCCUGUGACCGCAGACGUCGUGGAGUGAUUGAAGAAAUUGAUUCUGAUGAAUUCUUCCUAAGGGAAAAGGGCAUCAGUCAGGAUGACAUGAAUGUCGGAAAGUAUCUAGCUAGUGAAAUCCGCGAUGCCUUCAGGAUACCAAGAGGCAACGCUCUGGCCGAUGAGGAUAUGGAUAUAAAUCCACCAACGCGUCCAACCCGUACACGUUCACUACGGAAACGCAAAGAUGACUCCAUAGAAUCCUAUAACACGGUACCACCAGCUAGACCUAAGAGAGAUCGUCGCCGUAGCGAAGAAUCCGAUUAUAGUGGAUUCUUCCCUGAAAAGGGUGGUAGUAUUUCCGGGUCUCGACACAGAAUAAUAUAUCAAACCGAGGCGAUGCCCCGGUCGGUCGAGCCCCUAGACGACAUUGUGGUAGUCAAACCAGCUAGAAGGAAAUCAAGAACCUCGAUGCGCAGCCAAUCACAGCUACCAUCAGAAUCUUUGGCAACGCCAGAUGUAACACCUCAGCCACCAACACCUCCUGUUGCACCACGCCGUAGGAAAAGAGGUCGUCGGGAGAUAGAACCUGAACAGAAGGAGAAACAGGAUGUAGCGUUAUGCAAUGGACACGAGGAUUGGGCUGAAGGACCGAGUUAUCCUGUGGAAGGUGUAGAUUAUCCAGCUGAGAACCUGGUGAUGCGUUUGGACCAGGCAUACAUGGAACCGGUGGUUGCUCCAGCUCCACCAGUCGCACCCAAGAGAGUGUCCAGAUCCAGAGCUACUUCUGUAGCCGAUGACGACCGCACGUCUAGGGGUGCAGAAUCGUUACCAGAGAUUGGAUACUUGGAGGAUGACAUCCCUCAGGAUACAAACGCUCGGGAUCUUCCUGGAUACGCUUCUGUUGAGAAGAAAGAAAAACCACCAAGACCACCACCGCCCAGGAGACGACGUGAUAAAUUUGCUACAUCUCCAAGACCAUCAGUACAAUCCGCUCCUGCACGUCCUCAACGGGCAUACAGUACCUUGGGUCCAGCUAGAUCGCGCUCCUUGUCGGAUACUCAAUCGCAAAACCAAUUAGAUGUUACACCCUACACCGAAUUAGAUUCCGAUGAAGAUCACAAGGAUCUCAGAAGUGGUGAGGUCCUUAGUAAAAUUCAAGGUCGUCCUUUACCAGCACCUCCACGACCACCAAGAGCACGUAAGGAACACGGAAGCCUGGAGCAAACUACUACAAUUUCUAACGGUGUCGGAGAGGUUUUUGCCAGUACACAGACAGAUCCUCUUCCAGAUGAUCUUGUCAUCGAAGAGGAAAUUACGCAAGCCAAAAUGAUAAUGGCGCCAUCGAGAUCCGGUUCACAGAUUUUGGUCUCAACGGAACGUAUACCAAGUCCUAUUCAAUCUACUACUACACCAGUGGUUCCACCACUUCCUCAAAAUCUACGUGCAGAAAUGAGUAGUCCUUCACCUUCAUUGCCAAUUCCUAGUGUUGAUCCUGAAGAACGUUCUGAAUCUCCAAAACCGGAUGAAAGAUCAAGAAUUGCUCCAUCUCCGACAUUUACACCUGAACAAAUUAUCCGUUCGGUAUUGUCGUCUGAUGAACCUUUAAGGAUCGGUAGUCUAGAAGUGGGAGAUCUUAGAGUAGAUCGAUUGAGUGUCUCACAAUUAGAGGCGCACAAAAUUUCAGCAUCUGAAAUAGACGCCAUUGUUGUUUCUGCAUCAGAAAUGUCUAAUGCAGCAACAGCUGCAGAAAGCGGUAUUCAUCCCUCACUUCUAAGGGAACUCAUAGCUAUAAGAAGUCACUUAGAAACUGUAGCUAUCUCACAAGCGCAAGAAAGAGACACUUUUACAGAGAGUGUAAUACUUCAAAGAAUUGAAGAAAGUGUAAAACCACCAGAAACUACUAAUACAGAUACAACUGUUGUCGAAAAAUCUAUAGUACCUGCAUCAUUAGUCGAAGGGACCGAAGAAGAAAAGUUGAAGGAAGAAACUGCAACGGAACCCAAAGUUGAAGGAACUAAGAAAGAUGUGUCCGAUGGAGCUAUAGAAGUGCCAAGUGCACAAACAGAAGUCACUCCUGUUCCAGAACCAAAACCGGAAACGGAAUCUAAACAAGAAGAAGUGGCAGAAAAUACAUCAUUGUCUACUGCAACAGUACAUGAAAAAGCAGAAAUUCAAUCUAAGCAAGUAAUUCUUUCAAGUCAAACAUUAGAAAAUAUAUCAUUAGAAACCUCACUAGAGCCAGAAAGUCAAACUUAUGAGAAAAGAGACUUCGACUCAAAGGAACCCGUUCCAAGAUCAAGAUCAAGAUCCCAAUCAAGAUCAAGGUCACCCUCUCCCGGAAGGGGGCCUCGUGCUGUUCGUCAAACUGCAUCGCCAGUGAGAUCACUUCCGCCGGUAAUUUCAGUAACACCUGACACACCAGACAAUACGCCAAGUCAGAUAAUUCACACAGAAGUCCAAGCACAACGUGCGAUCAUCUCAUACUCUCAUGAUCCGGAUGAGGAGUCCCAGACAGAGCGUUCCCAAUCUCCGCUCAGAUCGCUUCCACCUGGUACACAGUUCGUGGCUUUCCCAACCUCACAAAUUCCAGCUAAUUUCUUCUCAUUGGCUUCGCCAAGUAGUUUUCACAUUGAAACAGAGCCCACAAUAGUGGAUACGACCCAUCAGCUUCUUCGGGCACUACGAGUCGCUGGUUCCAGGGCAAUGAGGCACUUCGUGAGCUACAUCGUAUCUCGUAUUGGUGGCGAAGAAACUGGCGAGAAGACGAGAGAAGUCGAGCUGGCACUUUGCGCCCUUCUACUUCUCAUAGCCGGCUUAUUAAUUGUAUGCUUUGGCAGUCCUCGUACUAUAACACAUCAUCAUCAUUGGGAUUACUUCAAUCCUCCCCAAUAACAAGUCAAUACGGUACCAUUACGAAGGUACCAGUCUGUAUUCUAUAUACAGCUUCGUAUUUAUUUAAUUUGUAUCCCUGUCAGAGAUUCGAUGUAAUAUUAUUUUAUAUAAUGGUAAUAGAUUUCUACGAUCGUUGUUGAGAAUGCUUUCAUUAUUAAUUAAUAUUAUUGUUGAGAAUCACAUUUUAAUAAACCUAUCUAUUAUUUACACAGACAGGUCAAAUACAUGACAGACUUGUAAACCCUGAG